GCGCUCCUUGCGCUCCCGCCACCACCUCGCGUGCCCCUCACCGCGCGCGCACUCACCUUCUCCCUCGCCCAGCAUGCCGCCGUCUGCCGCGCCGUCGUCGCGCGUCCUGCUGCCCACCUCCUCGUCCAACUCGUCGCUGCCCAAGUCGGGCUCCAACGGCGCGCUGGGCGGCUCGGGCAAGGAGCAGCAGCCGCUCCUGUUCUCCUCGCCCGCGCGCGCCGCCGCCGUGGCGUCGCAGCUGCUGCUGCGCCCGCAGCCGGCGGCUCCGGCUCCGGCUCCCGCACCCACGGCGCAGGAGGAGGAAGAGGCAAAGGGCAGCUGGCGCAGCUGGAAGCGCGGCGAGGGCCUGCAGCCGUGGGAGAUGGACAUUGCCAACUCGCCCGAGGUGCAGCGCAAGGCAAACGUGGCGCAGAUGUACUUCCUCAACCACUACUUCGACUCGCUGCGCUACCUCUCCGACCGCCGCCUGCGGCAAAAGACGUUCCGUGCCGCGCACCCGCACACGCCGGGCGCCCUGCACGCGGGCGCCUCGGCCGAGGCGGCGAGCUACCUGGGGCGCGAGCGGGCGCUGCUGCGCAAGCGCCGCACCAAGCUGCGCCUCGAGAGCUUCCACAUCAUCACCCAGGUCGGCCAGGGCGGCUACGGCGAGGUCUUUCUGGCGCGCCGCCGCGAGACGGGCGAGGUGUGCGCGCUGAAGCGCUUGCGCAAGAGAGUCCUCGUCAAGAUGGACGAGGUGCGCCACGUUCUGACCGAGCGUGACAUUCUCACGGCCACGCGCACGCCGUGGCUGGUGAGCCUGCUGUAUGCCUUCCAGGACACGGAGCACGUGUUCCUUGCCAUGGAGUACGUGCCCGGCGGCGACUUCCGCACGCUGCUCAACAACAGCGGCGUGCUGCGCGAGGAGCAUGCGCGCUUCUACAUGGCCGAGAUGUUUGUGGCGUGCAACGAGCUGCACAAGCUGGGCUACAUCCACCGCGAUCUCAAGCCCGAGAACUUCCUUGUCGACUCGACGGGACACAUCAAGCUGACUGACUUUGGCCUUGCGGCCGGCGCUCUCAACCCCGGCCGGCUAGAGUCGCUUCGUGGGCGGCUCGAGGCAGUCAAGGACACGUCGCUCAUCUACCGCACGCCGCACGAGCGGUCGUCGCUGUACAAGCAGAUGCGUGCGCAGAACGUCAAGUAUGCCGACUCGAUCGUCGGCAGUCCGGACUACAUGGCGCCCGAGGUGCUGCGUGGGCGCGAGUACGGCGUGUCCGUCGACUACUGGUCGCUCGGCUGCAUUCUCUUCGAGUUCCUCUGUGGCUUCCCGCCGUUCUCGGGCGGCAGUCCCGACGAGACGUGGGCGAACCUGAAGAACUGGGAAAAGGUGCUGCAGCGGCCCGUGUACGACAAGCCGCAGGACCUGCAGUUCAACCUCAGCGACACGGCCUGGAAUGCCGUCACGCGGCUCAUCGACGCGCCCACUCGCCGCAUCAGCAACCUGGCCGGCGUGCAGGCGCACGCCUUCUUUGCGCCCCUCGAUCUCGCCGCGCUGCGCAGUCUCACGGCGCCCUUUGUGCCGCAGCUCGAGGGCGACGCCGACACGGGCUACUUUGACGACUUUGAGAACCCCGAGGACAUGGCCAAGUACAAGGAGGUGCAGGAGAAGGCGCGCAACGUGGAGCGCGUCGACGAGGGCGGCAAGGGCGCCGGCGGCAGAGGCAUGUGGGCCGGCUUUACCUUUAAGCCCACCACCAAGCAGGAGAUGCAGCUGGCGGCGGCGACGCCCAAAGACGCAUGCGACGCCUUUUCGACGAUGUUCUAGCCGCCGCCCCCGCGACGCUCGCUACAUCGCACAAGCACCAAUCGGCCUCGCCUUCUUCUCCGCCCUCACUGCAGGCUCUCUCUCUCUGUAGAUGCCCCCCCCCCCCUUAGACCCGCAGCUUGUACAGCACCCGUCUGUCUUUUCUCUUCUCUUCUCUUCUCUCUCUCUGUUUCCUCGCUGCCGAUUCCCAUACCCGCACCUGGCACGCCGCUCCUUGUCAUGGCGCGCUUGCCUUGGCCCGUCCUUGCCCAUUGAUCCCUCCCCGCCGCAGCGCGACCUCUUACUUGUCCGUUAAUGACCACGUCUGACCUCCUAGCAAGGACAUGGGCAUUGCGGCACCU